UUCGCCUGAGCGCCCCUGAGGCCCGGGGUUCCGGGGCCUAAGCGUGGCCCAGGGUCCGGCUGGCGGUGGGUCUGCGUGGCCCAGCUGCAGCGGCGGGAGAGCCGGCCGCUGGGCCCGGAGGGACGCCCCGCACGAGCCCCCGCUCUCCGGCCCUCUGCGCAGUCCAGCCACUGUUCCUUCCUAAUCGUUUAUUCUCGUUUAUGACCCGGGGCUUUUCCAGGGCUGUUUCCCCGGCAACUCUCCCCCCCCACACCCCUCCGCUCCGCGUGGCAACUCCCCGCGCGAGCCUGACCCUGUGGGGGUGGGUAGGCGGCGUCUGUGUGUGUCCUGGGGGUGUGAAGUUCCGCGGAAGGUGGAGAGGGAUUGCGAGGAGCCCGAGUCUCGGCGAGAGCAGUUUGGUGGGGGCGACCUCGGCCUCAGGCCCGGAGAUAAACUGCGAAACUGCGAAACUUUUCCAGCCGCUGUGGCCUCCGGGCGCGCCCCUGCUCGGUCUCCCCGCGCGAGACCCGAGUUCCCCGCGAAGCCGCCACCCCCGAGGACACGGCGAAACCGCUUGCUCUCCAGAUGGAGUGAAGGGGGUGGCAGAGACACCGGCUGCAACUUCUCAUCCUUCCAAAGUGAAAAAUUAACCCCCGGAGGGGAUUUUCACAUGACGGCCCCCCCCCCCCCCUCGCCCGUCCUUCCUCCGGCGCGGGGAUCCGGCUCAGGCCCCCCUCUGGCCCCCCGGCCCGGCGGUGGCCGGGUGACGGAUCCCAGCCCGGCCCUCACUCCUCCCCCUUCCUCCCCCCGGGAUCCGGCGGGUGUGCUGUCCUUGCCAGCCGCGCCCCAUUCCGCCAUGCACCAGCCCCGGGGGCGCCGGCCCAGCGCAGCUGCUCCUUCCCGCCCCGGCCCCGGGCUUCCCGGAGGGUCGCGCAGCCCCGGGCUAUGACUCAGGCGCCCACCUGGUAACUCUGCCAUCUUCGCGCUCCCUCCCCGCCCCACUUCCCCGCCUUCCACGCCGCCCCCGCGCCCCUCCGCCACCCUCCGCCCUCCUCCCUGACGCCCACCGCCCUCUCCUCUCCGCGCGAGAUCGCAGAGGUGGCGCGCAGCCCGGCCGGCCGCUGACGGACCCUUCCCUCCUGUCUCCAAUGCCUCAGCGGAAGACCCCCCAGCGCCGGGCGGAGGAAGGCUGCUGCUGGACAUCCUCCGGGAGAGGCUGCCCCGACCUGCUGCUCCGGGUGGAUGAGCCCGGGGACUGAGCGCCCCCGCUGCCUCCGGCGCCGCGCCGCCACCGCCGCUGCCGUCGGUCCCAGGUCCCCGGUCCCCGGCUCUGGGCGCCCCGGGGCCCUCCGCCCGCGCCCACUGCCCGCGCCCUCCUGACAGCUGCGGCGGCGGCGAUGAUGCAAAGGAGGAGGGCGCUGCCGCCGGCGGCGCGGAGGGUGGCGAGCGGCGCCCGGGUGUGAUGCCAGCGUCAUGGUGGGGAUGCUGGCUUCCCGGCGGUGACGGCGAGAGAGCGCCGGGGCGGCGGACGCGCGGAUUCGGGUCUCCUGCGGUGUGGGCUCGGGUCUCGUCCCGCCCCUCUCUCGCUCCCCCUGCGUUUUGGUCUGGGUCUGCAUAUUCCACAUCGCUCGACUCCGUCCUCUCCCCGCCACUGGACGCCUUCCCGUCUCUAAAUGGAAUUAGUGCAGCUCGGAGCCUCUGGUGUAACGCACAGACAUGAUCUAUGGACGCAGCGUGUUCCACAUUGUAGCAAGUUUAAUCAUCCUCCAUUCGUCUGGGGCAACCAAGAAAGGGACAGAAAAGCAAACCACCUCGGAAACCCAGAAGUCGGUGCAGUGUGGAACUUGGACGAAACAUGCGGAGGGGGGUGUGUUCACCUCUCCCAACUACCCCAGCAAGUACCCCCCCGACCGGGAGUGCAUCUACAUCAUAGAAGCGGCCCCGAGACAGUGCAUUGAACUUCACUUUGACGAAAAGUACUCGAUUGAACCGUCUUGGGAGUGUAAAUUUGAUCAUAUUGAAGUUCGCGAUGGACCUUUUGGGUUUUCGCCAAUAAUUGGACGUUUUUGUGGACAACAAAACCCACCUACAAUAAAGUCCAGUGGAAGAUUUCUAUGGAUUAAAUUUUUUGCCGAUGGAGAGCUGGAAUCGAUGGGAUUUUCAGCUCGAUACAACUUCACACCUGAUCCUGACUUUAAGGACCUUGGCGUUUUGAAACCAUUACCAGCGUGCGAGUUUGAGACGGGUGGCCCCGAAGGAAUUGUGGAGUCCGUGCAGAUCGUGAAGGAGGGCAAAGCUUCCGCCAGCGAGGCCGUGGACUGCAAGUGGUACAUCCGGGCGCCUCCGCGAUCCAAGAUCUACUUGCGGUUCCUGGACUACGAGAUGCAGAACUCCAACGAGUGCAAGAGGAACUUCGUGGCCGUGUACGACGGCAGCAGCGCGGUGCAGGACCUGAAGGCCAAGUUCUGCAGCACGGUGGCCAAUGACGUCAUGCUGCGCACGGGCCUGGGCGUGAUCCGCCUGUGGGCCGACGAGGGCAGCCGCAACAGCCGCUUCCAGAUGCUCUUCACGUCCUUUCAAGAACCCCCCUGCGAGGGCAGCACCUUCUUCUGCCACAGCAACAUGUGCAUCAACAGCUCCCUGGUCUGCAACGGCCUCCAGAACUGUGUGUAUCCUUGGGACGAGAACCACUGCAAAGAGAAGAGGACAGCCAGCCUGCUCGACCAGCUGACCAACACCAGUGGGACUGUCAUUGGCGUGACUUCCUGCAUUGUCAUCAUCCUCAUUAUCAUUUCUGUCAUUGUGCAGAUCAAACAGCCUCGUAAAAAGUAUGUGCACAGGAAGUCAGACUCUGACCAGACAGUUUUCCAGGAGGUGUUUGAGUCCCCUCAUUACGAGCUGUGCGCUCUCAGAGGGGCAGGGGCCACGGCAGACUUUGCCGACGUGGCCGACGACUUCGACAACUACCACAAGCUGCGGAGGUCCUCGUCCAAGUGCGUCCACGACCACCACUGUGGGUCCCAGCUGUCCAGCGCCAAAGGCAGCCGCAGCAACCUCAGCACGAGAGACGCGUCCGUCCUGGCCGAGCUGCCCGCCCCGCCCGCCAAGCCCCUGGCCCCGCCCGCCAGCCGCAGGAACAUCCUGGUCAUGAAACACAGCUACUCCACGGACGCCGCGGACGCGUGCGACAUCGACGAGAUCGAGGAGGUGCCCACCACGAGCCACCGGCUGGCGCGCCACGAGAACGCCGUGCAGCGGUUCUGCCUCAUUGGGUCUCUAAGCAAACAUGAAUCUGAAUACAACACAACUAGGGUCUAGAAAGAAAGCGCAAGGUAAGCGGGUGCCCUGGGCCCCUUCUCCCACUUCGUGUACUCUGUUGUCAUGUUGUGUUUUGUCGCAGCUGUUCCGUAGUGUCUUAGGGAAUGGGCUACUUGUUCAUUGUUUCUCUCGUAGAAACAGAACGGGUUCAAUGCUGAUGGAAGGAUGGUUCUUAGUACACGUAUCUCUAAAACGAGUAUCAGUAUGCUCACCAUCAAGCAUUGGGCCGCAAUGCUAUGGGAAGGGUGUUCGAUUAAGAUCCAUGUUACAUGUUCUGGGGUUAUGAUGCAAAAAUUCAUGACCUCCUCUGAGAAAUGCCAGAAGAAACCCAAGGUUUUCAUAAUUAAAGAUUUGAAGAUUGCCUCGAUAUCACCAAAAUCAAUCUAUAAAACUGAUAACAAUUUUAUCCAUUUAAUUUGGCUAUAUUUGAUCCCAAACUUGUACACUAAGAACUUCGUGGUACUUACACGAUUUGCGCACUUGUGUUUUUGCAUGAAUAUAUAGCUUAUUUCAUCAAAAUUCAAUGCAGCAUGUGACGUUGAAUGCUUGAUGAUGUAAAGCGUUUCGUCAGUACCAGCCGUCUCUGUGUGCAUCUGAUUGGUCGUUGAGGAUCGCGGUGCUUUGCUGUUGGCACUUCAUGGUCCACAUCCGUAUUAGACUAAUUUGCCUCCGAUGGAAUUGACAGCUAAUCUCUUACGAACUCCUCAGACCUAUCAGCUAUUUCUGAAUUCGGUGAAUACCUUUCCACGCUCUAGAUUGCCUUGAUAAGUGGGUGAAUCUGUGUGCGUUUUUCACUGGGAGAAAAUUGUUUUAACUGUGUUUUAUUUUCAGAGAAGAACUGUUUAUACAAACAUGGGGACUGUGCAAAGGAAAUUCUGUAGUGAAUUGUGAAAAGUGGACGUAUUUCUCAAUCCAUUCCACUGCCUUUAUCCAAACUUAAGAAUUCCAGACAUUUGUUAUUCCUUCAGCAAGACGCCCCCGCGCUGCACAGUGACGUGCUCGUUUCGUAACUGGGUUGCCGGCCACCAAGUGCUCCUUAGUACUUAAACACAUUUUGAGAUGUACCGGAAACUUGAAGAAGCAGCUAGCUCCCGAGUCAGACCUCCCCGGCUCUCUCUUUCCUCUCCUUCCCGCUCCGUUUGCGUGUCGCUGCGCGUCUCUGUGCGAUGACUGUGCCUUGUGUGACUUGUGAACGAGCCCGCCCGGGGACGAACUCUGUGUUACCUGUGCGUUGUUUCCGUUGUGUAGACGGCCGGGGCACCGUGCGUUCCUGCGGGACUUGGAACACGCUCCCGGGACAGUGGAAAUGCGGACCGUGGCCGCGCCCGCCGGAGGCGUUGCGGACUGCCCGGAGCAUCUGUUGUGUUACGGUUCGAUGCAGCCAAAAGUCACGAGGACAAUUACUAGAUGGCAAUAAGAAAAAUCUCAUGUUUUGGUCUUUUUUUUUUCCUGUACCCCCAAAUUCCUUUUUUUAAAAAAAAAUAUCACAGGAAAAUACCCAGUUUCAGAAAUCGUUUUUGAAACCGGGCAUUUUACCAUUGGCACCCUUCGGUUACGAUGUGUUUUGAUUAAGCACUUAGCAAUACGACGGAGUCGGCAGUUACAGAAAACACCCUGCAUGUCAGCUCUGGAUAUUUCGGUUGGAAAGACACCCUCUCUCUCCCGGGCACAUUGUACAAAGCAUGCAUUCUCCAAUACUGCUGUCUCUUCCAUUUCUUUGUGCCAUCUGCUUGCUACCUGUCACUUUUUUAUAUACAGAAGAUAUAUAAAAAUGUAUAAUAAUUUCCUACCUGGAGUUAAGAGAAAUGUUUUCUUUUAUCAGAGUGAUGAAAAACGGACGUACCCACUUUCUAUCGACUCCCCCCACAUCGCAGGCUGCCGGGUGCCCGUCCCCGUGGGGGCUUGUGCCUCCUGCGUUCUGCAGGCGCGAGUUCCUUUUAGAAGAGGGAAGUCUUUUUUAAAUGCUUUAAAAAACUUCAGGCCAUUUUAUGACCCAAAUUAUACCAUUCUGAGUUGUUUUUAUACUGAGGCACACAUAUGAUGGGAUGUGUUUAAAUAUAAAUAAAAUAA